AUGCCGUCUGCACGACAAACUCUGGCCGCUACGUCUUUGGUGCGUGCCGCCAGCCGCAGGUCCGGCUGUUUCUGGCGAGCCUCGACUUUUUCCCUCCCCCACCGAAGCUACUCCUCGUCAGCCGAGCCGCUCGUCGUCGUGUCCGACCUGCCUGCGCCCAACUCGGGCCACAUCCGAGUGCUUGAGCUGAACCGGCCGGACGCGCGCAACGCCAUCUCGCUCGCGCUUCUGGCGGCCCUGCGCGGCCAGAUCGAGGCCGUUGCGGAUCAGUAUGACGGCGAGGGCAACGAGCUGCCCGCGGCCAGGACCGCCGGACAGGAUGGCCUGGGGCCUACACGGGCAUUGAUCCUGGCCAGCGCCGUCGACAGUUGCUUUUGCGCUGGCGCUGACUUGAAAGAGCGACGGACGUUUACACAGGAGGAAACGAAUGCCUUCCUUGCCGACCUGCGCGGCACGCUCUCUGCACUCUCGGUGCUGCCCAUUCCGACAAUCGCAGCGGUCUCUUCCGUGGCCCUGGGCGGUGGCUUCGAGCUGGCGCUGUCCACACACAUGCGCGUGUUUUCGAGCAAUGCCUUUGUCGGCCUACCCGAGACGCGCCUAGGCAUAAUACCCGGUGCUGGCGGCACGUACCGUCUGCCUAUGCUGAUCGGUGUUGGCCGGGCCCGCGACCUCAUCCUGACUGGACGGCGGGUGUCGGCACCUGAGGCAUACUUCUUGGGCAUCGCAGACCGGUUGGUCGAGGUCUCUGAGGAGGCUGAGGGCGAGGGUGAAAACAGCGAGAAGGACGAGAAGGAGAGCCAACAGAAGGUGCUUGAGACGGCCCGCCGGGCGGCGCUCAGCGAGGCCGUGCGACUGGCCGAAGAGAUCUGCUCAGGCGGUCCUGUGGCUGUACGGGCAGCUCUGCAGGCGGUGCAAUACCCGACUGAGGCCGUCGAGAACGCAAUGUACGACAAGGUCGUGGCCACGCACGACCGCAACGAGGCGCUGCGGGCCUUUGCCGAGAAGCGGCGGCCGGUAUUCCAGGGACAGUAG